AUGAGUUCACUGGUGGACGAAACGCAUGGCUCAGUUUACUGUAACAGCGAUUUGCAAGUGGUUGAUAGCCAGUUAAGGUCAAAUGAAACUUUUGAAGCUGACCUGCGAAAGUCUGCUGAAUUAAUCACCGCUAAUUCUACAACAUUUUCCGAAAGUAUCAUUGUAGCCAAAGACCAGGUGGUGCUCGACUAUUUCAAUAAAACUAGAAAUGCUGCUGUGCACGUCAUUGAUGAAAGCCAGGUCAAUGCAUCACAGAUUGCUGAUAGCAUUGUCGAUACGAUUCGUUAG